ACCAACCCAACCCAAUUCAAACCCACUUUUAGGGAACCACCACAAAGCCCACAACCACUCUGCUAUUCCAACGGUAACUUUUCACUCUCUUCUUCCCUUUCCCUUUCUCUCUUUCUCUCCACACCAUUAAAUUAAAGAAGAAAUCCCCUUCUUCAAUUCACAACCAAAACAAAGAAACAUUCAUCCUUUUCUCACCUCAUCAAACACAACUCAGAAGCAGAAGAAGCAGCAGAAGAAGUUCCCAAAUGAAUUUGCAAUCUUGGGAAGAUGAUGAAGAGGAGAGAUUGAUCAAAGUGGUGGAGUAUUUGGAGCCAUUGAUGUCCAAAGAGCUUCUCUGCAAAUUCCCAGAUAACUCUGCCUUUGAUUUCGAUUACUCUCAGAGUACCAUCUGGUCUCCUUUGGUCCCUCGGCCUUACAAUUCCAUGGAUUUGGAUGUAAUUACCCCUAUCAAGCUUCCUUCUGAUUUCGAAAACGCCCCGGUGACCGCCAUGGCUGGGAAGAAUAGCUUCAAGAAAGCUACCUCCAACCUUAGGAAGAAGUUCCUAUAUAAUGGCUUCAGUGUUUGUUUUGGGAUUUCGAAAAGCUACAGGAAGAUGAAGAACAAGAAAUUGGUGUCUGAUUUCUCCCCUACGCCUAUACAAGGUGGUGCUUGCUAUCCUAAUAACAAAAAGGGGUGGAGCAAGUUACUGAGAGCAGCCACCAAGCAUUUCAAGAAGAAGAAGAAGAAGGAUCCCACUUCUCAAAUGAAACUCUAUUUCUAAAACACUCAUUCAUAGAAUCAUAUCAUCUACAGUGUCUUUUUUUUUUUUUUUUUUUUUCUUUUCAAAUUCAUUUCCACUAUUAUGCAAGAACAGAAUAUAUGUAAUUAACUUUAUUCUCUCUGUGAAUCAAUGCUCAUUCUUAUUUUC